UUGUAUCUAUAUUUGUAUGCUUAUAUAGGGUUAAGGCAUAUAUUGUUAUGUUUGUGUAUACAGGGUGCGCCGCCAAAAUCCGGACAUUUCGAUUUAAAUUUCUCGCCUUAUUGUGCCUCUGUUAGAGAUCGUUGUUGGCGUCUGCGAAAGCCUGACACUUUUAGAAAACAAUCGUAAUCUCAAAAUAGCUGCGAUGUUGAAACCAAGUGCGGAGUAUAAUCAAAGAGCCGCGAUCAUCGAAGGGCUUCGCGCUGGGCGCUCAGCAAUGGAAAUAAUUCAGUUCUUUGGAUACCCGAGAUCAACCGUUUAUGACGUUGUGACAAAAUAUACGGCUUCAGAACAGUCCAACAAUAGUUCCAGUAUGCCAGCGAGGAAAAGUCACUCGAAAGAACGCUCCGCAAGGAUCCCCGCAGUCGUCGAAAGGGCUCAAGCGCUGAUUUUGGAGGGCCCAGGGCAAUCGUUGCGAAAAUUGGCGUCGAUUGUGGGUGUAAGCGAGCCAACAAUGCGUCGAAUUGCCGAGGAGGAUCUUCGAUACAAAUCGUACACACUCAAGAUACGACAGAUACUCUCAGGCUGGCUCAGAUUUGAAUCCCUCGGACUACUACGUAUGGAGCGUGGUUGAAAGGGUUACCAACAAGUCCCGGCAUCCCAAUGUGACGUCAUUAAGGACUACCAUUGAGGCAACAUUCACCGGCAUGGACAGCGCUGCAUUACGUGCGUGCGGACGCUUCAGACUGAGAAUAGAAGCCGACAUUCAAUCUAAUGGCGGAUAUAUUGAAUAAUUAUGGUCUAUAGGGAUCCCCUAAGUGCCCUGCAAAAGGAUUUUUUCUAAUACUUAACUUUUCAUUCAUAAACUUUUGUUCAAAGAAAUUGUUCGCUUUGUCCGGAUUUUGGCGGGGCACCCUGUAUAUAACUUUAUUUAUAGAUUUAGACAUUGUUUUAUAUGAAACAAAUUGUAAUGUAAAAA